CGUGUGUGAGAAUAGGAACUGAUAACAAUCUGAACAGCUUCUCUUCCCUCCGCAAGAAGACUUGAAAGUGCCAGACAGACACAGAUUAGGCUGCAUACAGAGCUACAGUACAGUACAGCUGGAAUGUGGCUACUAGCACUGCGGCUAACCAGCUGCUCUCAGCCAGAGAAAACUUUUACAGGAAGAUCAUGACUACCGCUGUCACACCGCCACCGGCCCGGUAAAAAAUCAAGAGAGUUAGGCUGACAGAGGAGUCAUAUCCUCUGGGCAACUGGAGGGACUCCUGUCAAGAAUACUCAACAGGUCAAUGACUGUCAGCCCUUUUCCUGGAACGUAGCCACAGCUGAGUAACUUACAAAGAUGAACAUCGAUGACAAGCUUGAGGGAAUCCUGAUUAGAUGUGGCACUGUGGGCCUACACCACUCGACAAGAGCCCUGGCACCCUCCGGGGUGGACAGAAGAGGAGGAGGCUUGGAUAUGUCUCUUGGAGAAAAGGGCUUGGCCAAUCAGCCCCUUCUUGCAGAAGAUGAUGAUGACGAUGAGGAGGAAGAGGAAGAAGACCUGGCCAGAGGGACACUGACCUCACACGACCUCAUCUCGCAUGACGAACUAAUGGUUCAUGAGGAGACUGUGAAGAAUGACGCAGAAGAAGACCCAGACUUCUCCCAGCGGCUCUCAAAUAAGCUACCAUACACACUUCACAUGCCCGUGAAUAUUAAACAGGAAGUGAAGCUGUCAGACUCACUGAUUCUCAGCAAGAAGGACAAGAAACAAGGCAGGGAUCCUGUAGAGUGCCUGAAAAAGAAGAAGAGAAAGCAGCGAUCCCCAGCAAAGAUUCUCACCAUUAAUGAUGAUGGGUCGCUGGGGCAUCAGAGUCCGAAGUCUCAUAUUUGUGAGCACUGCAAUGCUGCUUUCCGAACAAAUUACCAUCUACAGAGACACGUCUUCAUUCAUACAGGAGAGAAACCUUUCCAGUGCAGUCAAUGUGACAUGCGUUUCAUUCAGAAGUACUUGUUGCAAAGACAUGAGAAAAUUCACACAGGAGAAAAGCCUUUUCGCUGUGAUGAAUGUGGAAUGAGAUUCAUUCAGAAGUACCAUAUGGAGCGACACAAGAGGACACACAGUGGGGAGAAGCCCUAUCAGUGUGAUUACUGCCACCAGUACUUCUCCAGAACCGAUCGAGUCCUGAAGCAUAGACGGAUGUGCCAUGAAAACAAGGAGAGAAAAGCCCAUAAAGCAGCUGCCAAAGAUGGACUUCUGAGCAACACAGAAACACUGGCAUUCUCUUUCACUUCCAAGGAGUGCACGCUACCCAAGAAAAAACGGCAGAAGUCCACUGAUAAAAACCGCACCUUGGCUGCAAACCCUGGUGUGGCAGUAGCGGAGGGUGCUGGUAAGGAUAAGACAGAGGAGAAGACAGAGGAUAGGCUUGCCAAGAAUGAAUGUCUUCCUCUCUAUGCCGUGGCCACCAAGGUGAAGGAUGAGUAUGUAGUGGCAGAAUAUUCAGUUGAGCUCCCGGAUUCCUCUCCAGGAAACAGGCACCUUACAGAGGAGGUGUCUUCUGAUGAGAUCAUCACUCCUCCGAAGUUGGUGCUGAAGAAGAUUUCCAGCAAGAAAAGUGUGAAGCAGCAGCCUUUAGAACAGCCCCAGACUCUUUCUCCCUUGUCUUCAUUUGAGGAGGGAAAAGUCACAAGAUACACAUUUGAGAUUGUGGAUAACAAGGGUCUAUUGGAUGUAGAGCCAAGCUCUGACUUGGAGAGUGUUGAUCCCCUCCAUGGUGGGCCAGCAAAGCCAGCUGGGAGCAGCACAAACUAUGAUGAUGCCAUGCAGUUUCUCAAAAAGAAGCGUUACCUCCAGGCAACCACGGCUAAUAACAAUCGGGACUAUGCCCUGAAUGUGAGUAGCAUCUCUUCACAGCCCUCCAUCACUCAGGCAGCCGUUGCCACUGUCAUAGACGAGACUGUUCCUGCCACAAUCCUCUCUGAGACUCAGACUCUGAACGUGGAGAUCAAGACAAGUAACGAGAAGAACGUCUUCCCAGACGAAGUCCUGCAGUCGCUCUUGGACCACUACUCCAACAAGACCAAUGGGCAGCCAGAGAUCAGCUUCAGUGUAGCAGACACAGAGGUGACCUCCAGCAUCUCUAUCAAUUCAUCUGAUGUUUCUGAGAGCAGCCCUACUGAGGCCUUGGGGACCAGUUCCCAAGCGCCCCCUGCAGAGAAAGCCAGCCUUCUUCAGGAGUAUUCAAAGUUUCUCCAGCAAGCGUUGGAGAGAACCAGUCAGAACGACAGCUACCUGAACAACCAGAGUCUUACAUUUGUAACUGAUGGCGCCAGCCUCGCCGGGCAGCCCUUGUUUUCUACAGACAAACAGUUCACUUCCUCGAGUCGGUUUAGAUCAGGCAUGAACUCUCCUCUGAGAUCAACCUUGGAGAAACCUCACUUUGGUCUUUUAGUAGACUCUCAACAUUCUUACUCAUUUUCAGGCGAUGAAACUAACCCCUCUUCAGUGUCACCAACAGAGGACUUUCUGGAGCAGGUCUCGUCCCCCAAAAAGAUGGACUCUCAGGGCAUCGGUCAAACAUUUCAAAUAGCCACUUUUGACCAGAACUUCCGAUCUCAGUUCCAGACAUCCCGGUCUGGACUGUCAUCGCAGUUUAAUGUUGCCAAUGGACAGGUCAGCCUAAGAAGUCAUGGUGGAACAGACUUCCCAGAAUUCCCACUAGUUAAUGUUACUGAGACCAGAACUCAAAUAACCUCAUCUCCAGAUGCUACAAGCAGCCAAACUUUUGGCUAAAGAAAGCUAUUUAAAAUUUCAGUUGUUUUUAAAGCACUUUAUACUCCUGGUCUCUGGUUUCUGCGAAUAUAGGCACCUCCUCAGAUGUUGAUCUCUGAGCAAGUGUUUCAUUAAUCAGUCACAGGUGGAAAUCAUCUUAGCAAGUAGAUUUUGUUUUGCAGCACAUUUUGUUCUUACUAGUCAUGUAAUGUUAUUCUAUAUAUGUAAUUCAAAGGCACUUUUUCCUAAAAAUUUUCUUCAUUCCUUUUUUUUUUUUUAAUUCAAUAAGUAGGCAGUACAUCUGCAACACCGACUGCACAAGCAAUCUCUCCACGAGAGAGUUUACCUUGUUUAAAGGUAUAGGCAGAUAAACUCUUAAAUUUGAAAUGGCCUAAUAAUUUUAUAUAAUGAAAUUAUGUAACUAAGAUAUUUUUGCACAUUACUCUGAAGGUAAAAUAUCAAAAAAUCAAAAGAAAGCUCUUGCAGUACAAUUUAAUUGGUAUAUCUGAGAUAAUCAGUGUAUUUGUAUAUAAUUGAUUAAUGCCUAUUACCUUUGUACAAAAAAAAAAACAUGCCAGUGAGACUUGUACUGUAUCCACCCAUAGAAUUUAUAAAUGGUGACAUGAUUUCAAAGUUUCCACAGCACAUGGGUACUGUAGAAGACACUAGUUUAAGCAGUUUAGUCACUCUCAGAGAUCAAUUAAGAGGAAUGGAAUACAGUUACAUUCAGAUACAUCAUUACCUCAGAUACGUCAUUAAUACAGAUUAAUUAACAAAGGUUUAAGGAUUUUCAAGCACAUUUCAGGAGUGCAUUUUUAAUACUCUUGAUUUUGAGUGGUAUAUGAUGUAGGCCUGCUUACGCAAUUAGUUUUGUUUUGCAUGUAGUGCCUUUUUGGUGUGUUUGCUGAUGCAAAAUUGAAUAUUCAUAACAUUCCUUCUUUAACUGCCUUUCUCUCUUUACUGCUUUUUGGUUUAGAAGUGACAUUGACAGCAAAGAGACUAGAUUUAGUUGUUAACCCAUUAAAUGUGCACUUAGGCCUUGUAGGGAAAAAUCCACUGCUUUGUAUCAUAGGUUUUACAUUCAUACCUGAAGGACUUAAUGUUAUCAUAUAAUGUAAUCAUUUUUGAAGCACCUUUUCCCCCAUCAUUACAGUGAUGUAGACAUUUGACCAGGUCAGAGGCAGGCAAUGUCUUUAAACGAGAUGACAUUCUCUUCUUGGUAGUUAUCAAGUAAAAUUUUGUUUUAAUCAUAUUUCUUAUGAACUAAAAGAUGCAUUCUUUAUGUCUAGCUGGAAUAAAGGGUUGAAGUGCAUGAUCUUGAUCGUUGGUACAGCUGCAUUUAUAUGGUCUUGGUAAACAUAGUUGUGUUUAUUCUACAUCUUCAAUAUUGAUCUAACAAAUAAUCAUGUAUAUGAAAUGCUUUUGUUGUUUAUAUUUUCUGUUUGUUUCAGAAUUUGUUUUGCGUGCUUGUGGAAAUGUCUUAACCAGGUUCAUAACCAGCUGUACUUCACCUGGAUUUUGCUUUUUUUUUUUUCCUCUUUAUGCCUAUAGUAGUAUCAUGCCAAACUACAGACUACAUGGAAACUGCAUUGUAAGCUUAUUUUGAAUCAAUACGAUCCAUUUACAAUCAGGGACAAAUACAAUCCUUGUUCUAAAUUGCUGUUACUCUUAUUAAUUCAUUGUAAACAUUCCUACAUUUUAUUGUCAGUAGACAUCUGAUGUGUAUUGUUGUAAAUAAGUUGUAUAUUUUGAACUGUACAUUUUGUUCUGUGUAUGCGAAGAGUGAGACGGGCAAGUUGGAGAUAUUUGGGAUCUCUGAAUUUUUACAUGAAUGUACUCUGUCGAUUCAGUCAGCAUAAUCCUGUUGGUUCUGGCUCCACUGAGCACAGCUCAUGUAUCUGUUGACUCAUAGUGAUUGGGUUUCUCUCUCUCUCUCUCUCUGAAGUUGAAAUACCACUUUAGUUUGGAAAGCAUUUUCAGGUCUUUAAAGCCUGUAUUUGUAUUUGCACCUAUUUAAGAACUGAUUGGAAGCAUUAUUUAUAAAAUCACUCAGCAGAUAUUAAAUCUCUUUAAGGGGAGUCAUCUUAGUUGCUAUUCCACAUCAGAUCAACAGCCACGAUACCCAUAAGUGCUCCUUAAAUCUUAAAUGUGUUGAAAAGAUGGACUGAAAGGUAUUUCAUUUCGCUUCAUCGGACGGCUGUGUUGAUCUUUUCCUUUCUUACUGCCAGGAAAAAGCUCAAAAACAGGCAUACACAACUAUCCUGUCAUCUUCCCCCUUAUUUGAUUUCUAAAAAUUGGAGUCAAGUGAGCAAUGGUACUGAUGGAUUCAUUAUUAUUCUUGUUUAGUUUGAUGCGAUUAAUUACUGUUAAACAGUGAUGGUUUCUUAAUUUCUUAAUAGUUUUAGACAUUUUCCAUUUGAUGGGGGGAAUGCAUGUCCACUGUUUUUUUGUACACUGGUUAUAUUUUUAUAUGUAAUGUAUGCAUUUUAUUGUAGCCAAAAGAUUUCCAUAGAAUACCUUUACUUUUAUGCAAUACUAUGUAUAAGAUGUGGAAAAAGAGAUUUGAUUGGUUUUCUUUUCUUGUGUGUUAUGUCCUUUCAAAUACAAUAACAAAAAGAUUCA